AUGAUGAGACGAGCUGCAAGUUCUCAGGUACGCGCCACAAAACGACAUUACAGAUGUAUGCAAUGUCAGAAUACACCACACCGAACAGCUCGACUGGCGUCAAUAUCUUCGGCUGCAGAGCUGUAUUCGCUGAAACCAGAUCGGUGUCGCUCCCAUAGCACAAAUUUGGUCAAUACGAAGGCGCGUUCAUUGGAGCAUUCAACUAAACGGCAUAUGGCAGCCGAAAUGCCAGCAACUGGGAUUCGUCUACAAUUAGAAAACUAUCCACUAGCUGAUGGUGGAAAUGUUGACGAACAACUACCGUAUAGCAAUGGUCUACGUAAAGCGGGUAGAAAUUCCAUUGCAACAACCGGGUAUGACGAUGGGUCGAGGAUGACGUAUGAAUCGAUUUUGCUACAGCAAAACCGUUUACAUCCAGGACUAAAUCCAUGGAAGGGAAAUGAUUAUAGGCGAAGAUCAACGUACGACAAUCAGGUGAGUGCUAUCUACAUAAUGUAA